CUCCCAGCGUUAUUUCUUUGAUGGAGAAGAAAACGAGUGUGUGUUUAAUGUUAGCAAAUGACAGGUCGGGAACUUGGAGUCACAUGACUUGGUUAAAGUAAUAAGUCGGCAAUUUUAGGAUUUAAUGAGACUCAACUGAAUUGAUAUUCAUGAGACUUGACGUAGACUUGAACGAUAUUGUUUGACUCAACAAGUCUUUCCUGUUUACAUUUGAAGAGCUUUACAAAAGAUAGCCAUUUGUUUUGUUUUUGAAAGACAUUUUUGUGUAGUGCGCACAAAACUGACAAGAUACCAGUCGAUGUGACUUUAUGAAGCAAGUAUGAAGGGAGGGUAGCUCCACAGUUUGGCUCACCAAUAGCCCGUCAAACAUGCACAAAUAUGUUUAUUUGAACAAACAAAAAAGUCAUAGACAAUAUGAAGACUGGUUUGAGACUAUUUUUAAAAAAUAACUGUAAAUUAGUACAGAUAACACUGAGUGUGAUGUGGCUAAUGUGCAAAUGUGUGUGAACGUGACUACAUGGCUUGCCCUGGUUGAGUUUUGCCUUCAAACGUCAAGGUACUUACACCCAUCACUGUCAAAUAAAAAUUGUUUGGAGGCCAUUUUCCUGUCCUGCAAUGGCACAAUGUCAACCACCUCCUCCUCAUUAACUGUAUUCUGACAUAAUUUCUUUCUCUUUUGCAGGAUGAAGUGAAUAGGUCAUUUAGCACACAUUUUUGUGUGUGGUUGUGUCUGUGUGAAUGAUCUUUACACAGCUUUUGGUGCCGCUGUCCUUCCAUUCCAGAUCUUCAGGCAGGAAAUGGGACACUGGCUCAUCAUUGUGCCACUUCAAAGCCUGAGAAUGACUGUCUUGACCCCACCCACUGCAGAAACCCCCUUAAAAGUCACGGUCAUCCCAGAGCCAGCGACUGAAAGAUGCUCACAUCAGCGAUGGAACUUGACUGAAUGACUGGAUUUCCUUUCAACGCAAGAGAAAAAGAACAGUGGAUAUCAUUGCUUGGAUUUCUUAUUGGCCCUCUCCGCAGGACUUGUAUAUAUACUUAUCUAUAUACACAUUACCCGACUGAAUCUUCAAAAUGCAGUCCAUCAGGGACUUGAAGGCCAACUUCAGCGGGCCUCCUCCCUCUACCAUGGGUUCUGGCGACGCUUAUCUGCAGGGCAACAUCCGCAUGACUCUGGAGGACCCCGAACUCUGGAGGACCUUCUGUGAGAUCGGAACAGAGAUGAUCAUCACUAAGCCGGGCAGGAGAAUGUUUCCACACUGCAAAGUCAAUCUAUCCGGUCUUAUUCCAUGUGCCAAGUACAUUUUGCUGGUUGAUAUGGUGCCAGAGGACGGCUACAGAUAUAAGUGGAAUAAAGAGAAAUGGGAGGUUGCGGGUAAAGCGGAGCCUCAGCCCCCCUGCAGGACGUACUUGCACCCCGACUCUCCCGCCCCGGGGAGCCACUGGAUGAAGCAGUCCAUUUCCUUCCUCAAACUCAAGCUCACCAACAAUACUCUUGACCAACACGGACACAUUAUCUUGCACUCAAUGCAUCGCUACCACCCACGCUUCCACAUCGUUCAAGCCGAUGACCUGUUCAGCGUCCGCUGGAGCGUCUUCCAGACGUUCACCUUCCCGGAGACGUCCUUCACAGCGGUCACCGCCUACCAGAACACAAAGAUCACUAAACUGAAGAUCGACCAUAACCCGUUUGCCAAAGGUUUUCGUGACGAAGGCACGACCAAGAAGAGGCGCGCAAACAAGAACCUGGGUGACCUCGACAAGAAAGUCAAACUCUCUGAAAUGAACAAGCAAGCUGAGGAGGACAGUCCAUCAGAUUUCUGCAGGUCGUCUUUUGAAGCUUACGAGGGAGACGAAGCAGAGGUGCAAAAGAAGAAGGAGGUCGACGAGAUCAAGGAGGAGCGCUACUCUCCUUGGUCGACAGAAAGAGAGCACGGCGCCAGGAAUGGCUCUCCUCCUGCGGCUGAAUCACGGGACGUUUACAACACGGAGCAGCUGGUUCCUGCUCCGGCAUCCUACCAGCCCUACAGGUUCCACGAGUACGGAAAGUCUCCCUCCCCAUCCUCCAGCGUCGGAAGCAGCGCCAGCGGUUCGGGCCGCAGCAGCUUCGAGUCGCGCGUCCCGGAGGUGGCCGUCUCCGAUCACGACUCGUCAAAGCCUCGCACGCAGGAGGUAGUAGCCCCCUCCCCUUGCGCCCCCCAGCAUUUCCCGAGCUCCCAAGACUAUCCCGGAGUGCUCAACAUGACUGUGGCCCAAGCAAGCAAGCCGGGCGUCCUCGGCCACCACAUCUACGGCCCUUACGGCGCCGAGCAGCCCCUGGGACAGUGGAGCGGCUCUGGUCCGGCCCAGUACCCGCCUCCUCAUCACCUGACCGCUGACUACACCACGCAAGCAGUGCAUCACGGCUAUCCCCAUGGCAACGUGACCGAGUGGAGCCAGUACCCACUGUUUUCUUAUUCUUGCUGGUGAGCGCCUCUCCAUUGGAGACUGAGUGACUUCCUCCAUGCCAACACAGUGUUGCUCACAGUGUCAUGCGUGCACGUUUUCACGCAGUCGCAGGCCAAGGCCUGUGACGACAAUACAAUCAUCGGUGAUAUCAAGUAAUGAGCCGUCUGGCUGGACUGAGACUUGCCUACAAAAGUGUGCAAUGCCAUACUGAGGAUGAGGAAUUGCUUUAUCGUUGAGGUGUCUAUUUAUUUUGUAUUUCAUUCCAUCUUCUAAUCUAGUGAGUAUAUUAUUUUUGUAAAAAAAAAAAGAAAGUGUGCAAUUAAUUUUUGUCUCCUAGUGUUGAUGUGAUCUAAAAAUAAAGACUAAUAUGGUCUGUU